UGAACCCAUUCAUUUAUAGUGGUUGAUUCUCAAAUUCUUUAUUGUGAUGCAGCAAAAAUGCAUAUAUGCCACAAUACAACUGCGUUCGUAAAUCAAUCGGAAGUUGUGUGUGAUCAGCAGAUUCAUAGAGUCCAGAACGCACAAAUCACAAAAGGAGUUGCAUAUUAACAAUUUCUUAUAAUCAAUGGGAAAUGUAUUUACCAAUCUAUUCAAAGGCCUCUUCGGUAAAAAGGAAAUGCGAAUAUUAUUGAUCGGAUUGGUUGAUUCUGGUAAAACCACAAUUCUGUACAAACUCAAGUUAGGCGGAAUUGUUACAACGAUACCUACCAUUGGUUUCAAUGUGGAGACUGUAGAACACAAAAAUAUUAGUUUUACCGUGUGGGAUGUGGGCGGUCAGGAGAAAACUCGUCCUUUGUGGAGGCAUUACUUGCAGAACACACAAGUUCUUGUCUUCGUCGUAGAUAGCAAUGACAGAGAACGAGUCGAUGAGUCGAGGGAGGAAUUGAUGCGUGUUCUGGCCGAGGAGGACAUCAGAGAUGCAGUCUUACUAAUAUUCGCCAACAAACAGGAUCUCCCAAAUGCAAUGAAUGUGGACGAAAUCACCGAAAUCUUUGGUUUAAAUUCACUCAAAAACCGCAUUUGGCACAUACAAGCGGCAUGUGCAACCAGCGGCGAUGGGCUCUACGAGGGACUCGAUUGGUUGUCCAAUCAGUUAAAUAAUUCAAAUCGAUAAAUUAACUCUAGCAGCACGAACAAACAAAAAUAGUUACAAUAUCUUUUUAAGUUAU